AUGUCUGUUGUGACUGAAGUGGACAAGGACACAGGUAGCCCAUGUAUCCCCUGCCUGGACAGCGAGUGGAACCCCAGCAUCUCAAUCACCAGUAUUCUUCUGAGCAUCCAGACCAUGCUGUCCAACCCAGUCCUGGAGGGAGCGGUGAACCCCGAAGCUGCUGACAUGCUCUGGUCCAGCCCAUCCACCUACCACCGUGUGGUGCUGGAAUGUGUCAGGGCCAGCCAGGAACUGGAGAGGAACAGGAAAGCUGUGCAGUUGAACUCACACAACAGGCCUGUGAGGAGAAUCCCCUUUGAGGAUUAUCUGAAGACAUGGACAAAGAUGGCCACCACUAAAGCUGGCUCGUGGAUGAGGAAGGAAUCCCUGGAGGAUCUCAUCAAGCGCCCUGAGACCUUUGCCAUGUAUCAUGGGACACCAGACAAGGACUCUCCCAUGGGGACACAGUGUGAAACGUUCAGAGCCUUAAUGUAUGGUACCGUGCACCAGCCUAAGAAGACCAAACCAGUGAGUGAGUGGAGACAGGCGAGGAUGGACCAAAUGAGAAAGAUUUACCUCCUCUACAGAACACCAGACAUGCUGACCCCCCAGGUGAAUGUGCAGAGAGACUCCAUGGCCACCAGGAGUCUCUGUCGAGCACAUGACAAACAGCAACAGGACCUCUGGGAGAACGAGGUGGACAAACUGGUGGCCUGGACACACUCACUGUCAUUCGAGGAGUUGGAGGAGGAGUGAUGCCUCCACGUGCAUGUACAUACACGCCUUGCAAUUAGAUACACUUGACCAAUAAAAUGUGAAAACGUCUUGUACUUUAUUAUUAUAUAGAAAUAUUUUCUUCUUCUUGAACUGCACUGUUGGUUGAGGGCUUGUAAGAAAGCAUUUCACUGUAAAGUCUACACUGUUGGUUAAGGGCUUGUAAGAAAGCAUUUCACUGUAAAGUCUACACU